AUGGCCAACAAUGCCAAUGAUGGAGCCUUUGGGUUGGAAGACGUGCCGGAUUUGCCUGAAGCACCCACGGAACAGCCCAAUGCUUUGGCCGGCAUCCAACCACACCACGUUGCCGACUACUUGAAAUGGCGUGCGUAUGGUACGACGGACGUUGACUUCAAAGACCUCGAGCAGAAUCCAACUUGCCGCUCCUCUACUCUUGAGCAAGACAAGAAGGCUAUUUCCUUCUACAUGCCCAUCAAAGGUGCCACAUGGAAUGGAACCUCCGGCAAUCCAACCAAGUCCGAUCCUGUGAACGAAGUGGUCAAGGAAGUCAAGAAAGCGGAGACUCAACACCGCGGCAAGAAGUCCUGUGCCACCAGGGAUUUGACGGAAACUGAGUAUCGCAAGGUGGUCCAUGAACUCUACGGCAAGGGAGCUUUGAAUCGACCAUCCGUACAGCCUGCAUGUUGA